AUGGCUGCUCCCGAAGUCUACAACAUCGCCCAAGUGCCCAUCACAGGACAUGCCUUCAACGCUGAUCGCAGUCAGGUUGCUGUGAGCUUGAACUCGAAUGACGUCCAAAUAUUCUCCCGCUCUAGCCACGACUGGCAGCCCACCGAGACGCUCUCUGAACAUGACAAGAUCAUCACCUCCAUCGAUUGGGCUCCUAACUCCAACCGCAUCGUGACCGCUUCUCAGGAUCGCAACGCAUACGUGUGGCAACAGACCCCCGACCCUCAGACCGGUCGUACCAUCUGGAAGCCCACCCUCGUCCUACUGCGGAUCAAUCGCGCCGCAACGUUCGUUCGGUGGAGCCCCAAUGAAGACAAGUUCGCCGUUGCGAGCGGUGCUAGGGCUAUCGCCAUAUGCUCGUUCGAUCCGGACAACGAUUGGUGGGUUUCGAGGCUGCUCAAGAAACCCAUACGUUCUACCGUCCUCUCCGUCGACUGGCACCCGAACAAUGUCUUGCUCGCUGCCGGUAGUGCAGACAUGAAAGCGCGCGUUUUCUCGGCGUACAUCAAGGAUGUGGACAAGAGGCCUGCUGCGACCGUCUGGGGAGAGAAGCUUCCGUUUAACACGAUCUGUGGCGAAUACACCAGCCCCUCAGGCGGUUGGGUUCACGCCGUCGGAUUCUCUCCUUCAGGAGACGUUCUUGCCUAUGCCAGUCAUGACAGUACCAUCACCAUAGUCUACCCCGCUGGUCCUGCCUCCUUCACUAUCCGUGUCAACUCUCUUCCCUAUGUGACUCUGACCUGGACUUCCGAGGACGCCAUCGUCGCCGCGGGUCACGAUUGCCAGCCCACACUCUUUUCCGGGUCCGAGUCUGGUUGGCAGGCCGUCGGCUCUCUCGACGAUACCACCGCCCCCAAAUCAGCUGGAAGCGGUCGCAGUGCUCUGGGUGGUGCAUCCCCUGUCGGAAGGCUCAACAGCGCUGCCUUCAACACAUUCAAGAAUGCAGACUCGCGCGGUAUUGGCGGUGGUCCUGGUGGAAUGGGUGGAGCUGGUGGUAGCGGCGAUACUGAGUUGUUCACGGUGCAUCAGAAUACCAUUACGAGCGUGAGACCGUAUGAAGGCGACAGGAGUAAUGUGACGAAGGUGAGUACUAGCGGAGUGGACGGAAAGUUGGUCGUUUGGAAUGUGAAUGCGGUAGGCGGGCUCGGUAGCAAAAUGGGCGGGUUGAGGUUGUCGUAAACGAGGACUUUACUGUACGCAGUACCCGAAUUCUUUGAAUAGACAACUAAAUCUAAUUGUAGUUCACGAGGGAUGUAAUUGUGUGAAUUUAACGUUACGACGUGUUUUCUUUUGCUACCAUCAGCUUGAGAAAACUCUCAUUU